UAUAACGAGCACUUCCACAGUAUUCCACGCGCGUAGCAAACAUUAGCUGAAUGUUUGCUUGCUUGCUUGGUAGCAACCUACUUCUAUAAACAUUCCAAUGAAUUAAAUGUGGCUUAGGUUAGAAAACUAAGAAACUGACGAAAUGAAUAGUCGAUUGCAGGAAAUCCGCGAGCGACAAAAACUUAGGCGGCAGCUUUUAGCCCAACAGUUGGGAGCUGAGAGUGCAGAUAGCAUUGGCGCUGUGCUUAACAGUAAAGAGGAACUUAAAGAAAUAGAAGAGACAAGAGAAAGGGCGUCAUUGGAUGAUUCUGCUCCUACCUCCAAGAAGAAGACAGUGACAGAGGGUGAUGACACUGAGGAAGAUGUGGAGGAACAAAAAGAUGAGGUUGAGGUUCUGCCGCCCGAGGAAAGCAACCCAUAUGAGGAAGUCUACAAGGACUCAAGUACAUUCCUUAAGGGUACACAGAGUUUGAACCCUCACAAUGAUUACUGUCAGCACUUUGUCGACACAGGCCACAGGCCGCAGAACUUCAUUCGCGAUGUCGGCUUGGCUGAUCGAUUUGAGGAGUACCCCAAACUACGAGAGCUGAUUCGACUGAAGGACGAACUCAUCUCCACUACCAACACCCCGCCGAUGUACCUGCAGGCCGACCUGGAACACUUUGACCUGCAGGAUUUAAAAAGCGAGUUUGAUGUCAUCCUACUUGAGCCUCCUCUAGAAGAAUAUUACAGAGAGUCAGGCAUCAGCCACACAGAGCGCUUCUGGACUUGGGAUGAUAUCAUGAAGCUGGAAAUUGAAGAGAUCUCUGCACUUCGGUCCUUCGUCUUCCUCUGGUGCGGCUCAGGUGAAGGUCUGGACUUGGGAAGAAUGUGUUUAAGGAAAUGGGGCUUCAGGCGCUGUGAAGACAUCUGCUGGAUCAAGACAAACAAGAAUAACCCAGGCAAGACAAAGACACUGGACCCAAAAGCAGUAUUUCAGAGGACAAAGGAACACUGCCUGAUGGGAAUCAAAGGAACAGUGCGGAGAAGCACAGACGGUGAAUUCAUUCAUGCCAACGUGGACAUCGACUUGAUCAUCACGGAGGAACCAGAGAUGGGGAACGUCGAGAAGCCCGUCGAGAUCUUUCAUAUAAUUGAGCACUUCUGUUUGGGCCGCAGAAGGUUGCACCUUUUUGGACGAGACUCUACCAUCAGGCCUGGCUGGCUGACAGUGGGACCCACUCUUACUAACAGUAACUUCAACCCAGAAAGUUACGCCGCACAUUUCGCUUUGCCCGAAUCCCACCUCUCCGGCUGCACCGAGGAAAUAGAGCGACUGCGACCCAAAUCGCCGCCUUCAAAGAUGAAGUCCGACCGUGGAGGUGGACCACCCAGAGGGGGCCGCGCUGGUCCGAACGUCGGGAGAGGUGGAGAGAGAGGUCGGGAAAGGAACAGACCAAACUUUCGCGGAGACAGGGGGGGUUUCCGUGGCCGGGGAGGAAUACACAGGGGGUUUCCCCCACGCUAGUGUAAUCUCCUGGCGCUAAUUCAAGGCGCUCUUUGACUUGACCGUACGCAAGUUGCUGCCGAUCGGGCCUCUAUGAUUGCCACCCGCGGGCCACAUUUGGAACCACCAGCACUAUCUAAUGUGCUCUCAUACGCAAGCUGCAUGUCUGCCUUCCUGACCAACAACUCCAUUGAAGUGUUUGGCCUCCAGCAAUGUGUCACUGAAAUUUGAGAAUCGUCCAACCUGAAAUAUUGUCUGAAUACACUGGAUAGACAGCAAUGUUCUGUCAAGUAUUCAUUCAACAUAUCAGUAGCCUAAGAGCAUAAUUCCUUUUGCAAUAUUUGAAUGUUUAAAAAAAAAAAAAAGUCCAGUUGCUUUGUUUUGACCUUUGCGGCUUCCUGUUAAUUGGACUGACAGGUUUUUUUUAUGAUUUUUUUUUUUCAUUUAGACACUGACAAUUAGAAAUGACUAGGGUAGUUAAGCCAUUAAGAUGAUAAAUAGCUAUUAGAAUUAUUUUGGAUUUUUUAAAAUCCAUCUCACAAUGACACAUUGUGCUGGCAAGAUUGUGUUCAAAUCCUAAAGCCAUUUUAAAUCUAAAAUUGAAAUCCGUGGGGAAAAAAACUCAAAGAACCUGACAGUUAUCACAUUUUAGUAAUGUAUAAUUUUAUUCUCAUUUAUGUCAAAAUAAACCUUUUUACAGUUC